UAGGAGGUAAGGGGGGGGUGGGGGAGGGGAGGAAAGCGACCAGAGCGAACACUCCUUCAGAGACACGCGUGGAGAAAAAGGGAAGCUGCCGCUGAUGAUGUGGGAAGACCCUGAAGUGAAGGAUCCCUUAUCCUAUUCUGCCGUUUCUGAGAAUAAGCAGUAGCUGAGGCACGCAUCUAUGUAUUCUGAUCCUGACAGUCAGGGCACAUACACCAGUGUCAUCCCUCCACCCCCCAGCAGGACACAAGUCAAAAAGGUCUCCACCAGUGUGCCUCAUGAUGUGAUAGCACAGCGAGUGACAUCAACAGAACGGCAGGAUUCUACAUCCCCAGUCAUCUCUCCUCAUCAGUCGCCACCAUCUUCACCAGUUGCCUGGAGGAAACACAGCAAGCAGCAUCCAAGUGGAGGAUCAGCUGCUGGUGAUGGAAUGUGGCCUGCCCACUCUCCCCCUCCCAACCAAGAGAACUGGGUGAGUUUCACUGACACUCCCCCUAGCAGCACGCUUCCUGCAAUGCAUCCGGCCUCCAUUCAGGAGCAUACAACAGUCAGGACUGUGGCAUCUGCUACAAAUGCCAUGGAAAUUCGCAGACAGUCUAGUGGUUACGAUGAUCCUUGGAAGAUUACAGAUGAGCAGAGACAAUAUUAUAUUAACCAGUUUAAGAACAUUCAGCCAGACUUGAAUGGCUUUAUUCCAGGAUCUGCAGCGAAAGAAUUUUUUACAAAAUCCAAACUCCCAAUUCUGGAGCUUUCUCAUAUUUGGGAGCUGUCAGACUUUGACAAAGAUGGAGCAUUGACAUUGGAUGAGUUUUGUGCAGCCUUCCACCUAGUAGUGGCCAGAAAAAAUGGCUAUGAUUUGCCAGAAAAGCUACCAGAAAGUUUGAUGCCAAAGUUGAUUGAUCUUGAUGAUUCAGGAGGAGUUGCUGACCGGGGUUCUGAAACUGGCUUCUCAACCUCGCCAGCAGAGGUGCCCCCUAGCAAAUCGCCAUCGAUGCCCUCACUAAACCAGACAUGGCCAGAACUGAACCAGGGCAGUGAGCAGUGGGAGACUUUUAGUGAACGCUCCUCCAGCUCGCAAACUCUGACCCAGUUUGAUUCUAACAUUGCACCAGCUGAUCCUGACACAGCUAUCGUUCACCCUGUUCCAAUCCGCAUGACUCCAAGUAAAAUUCACAUGCAAGAGAUGGAGCUGAAAAGAAUUGGAAGUGAACUAACACACCCAACCAGUCCUCUGCUUACAAACUCGCCUGAGCUUUCAGAAGAGGCUAAAUUAGCCACCACUGUGAAAUUUGUUGCAGGAAAUACUGUAGCUGAUGGAUACAGUAGUUCAGAUUCGUUUGUUUCAGAGUCUGAUCAGAUCGGAAACAGCAUAACUCGGCAACGUUCGCAUUCAGGCACUUCCCCAGACAAUACCCUCAAGACUGCUGCACCUCCUCCACCUCCACCAAGACCCCAGCCUUCACAUUCGAGAUCGUCGUCCCUAGAUAUGAACAGAACCUUUACUGCCAGCAACACAGGGCAACCACAAGCUGGAGUUGUCACCUGUCCCCCUGCAGUGCCUCCAAGACCCCAGCCUACGCAGGUCACUGUGCCUCCCCUACACCGCUCGGCAGAGGCUGAUGGCCAUGCAGCACGCACCAGCACCUCUCCUCACCAGAUGCCAGAGCAGCCCAACUUUGCUGAUUUCCGGCAAUUUGAAGCAUUUGUGUCGAAGAGCACAGAGCAGCAAAUGGAUGACUCGGCCAAGCAUGCAGAAACCAUUCCAGCUGAAAAACCUCCAGAUUCAGCAGGGACCCUACGAACAGCAAAACUAGAUGGUUCUAGUGAUGAAAAGCCAACUGGAAACACGGUUAAAAGUGCAUCAUCUCUUGUCCCCCCUCCAAAGCCCGUCCGCAGGAGACUGAAGUCUGAUGACGAGCUUCGUGCUGAACCUGAUGAACUUGCCCAAAAAACUAGUAUAAUUAAUACUGUGCUGGUUGCACAGUCAUCAAUUCCAAGGUCAUUUGGCAAAGAUAAAAAGUCUAUUCAGGCUUCGAUCAGAAGAAAUAAGGAAACUAACACGGUGUUAGCCAGACUCAACAGUGAAUUACAACAGCAGCUGAAGGAUGUGCUUGAGGAAAGAAUCUCUCUCGAGGUCCAACUGGAGCAGCUUCGACCAUUUUCGCACUUGUAACAGAGCCUCCUGACGCUUGGAUGAGACUAAAAACCGUGUUUGGUCUGAGUGUGUCACCAGACCCUCCACCCUGCAGACAGCUUACCUGUGUUCAGCUUCGCCGGUCUACAAUGCAGCGGUAGUUUACAUGGUUAAUUUUAUCAAACUGCACACUUGACAUGUGGCUGCAGUGUGUUUAAGAGGAGGUGUUGUGUGUG